AUGGGGUUUGAGGGAGCUCGUUACACAUGGUGCAACCGCCAUGCCAAUGGUACUUUCACACAAGAAAGACUAGACAAAAUGAUAUGCAAAAAUAAGUGGUCUACCAUAUUUCCCAAAUCCUAUAUGUCACACCUUAAGUUGUGGGGUCAUAGACCAAUCUUAACUAGAAUACUUCGGGAGAAAGACAAAAGAGAGUACCCAAAAGCAAAGUCAAGGUUUCAUUUUGAAAUGGCUUGGGAAAAUGAAGAAGAAUGUAAAGAACUUGUGAGACAAACAUGGGGAGAUCAUGGUAAUACUACUAUAGAGGAACUGAGGAGGAUCAUACUUGGGGUGUCCAAAGGGCUCAAAGAUUGGAACCUAUCCUCCUUUAGAAGAACCCAAAUUGCUAUGAAAAAAAAGGAGGAGGAAUUGGCUAACCUGGAUAAUGCACUAGACAAUGCUUCUUGGGAAAAAUACAGGAAUGAUGAACAUGAACUUGAUGUCACUAGUGCUAAGAAUAGACAACUUAUGCGGGAAUUCUCAGAGGUGGAUGUGAAGGAAGAUUCAUUUCAGAUGCACCCUCGGAAGAGUCCAGGAAAGGACGACAUGGGAACAAGUUUCUAUCAAAAGUUUUGGGAAUUUGUGGGUGAUGAUGUUUGCAAAGCCUGUCUCAGUUUUAUAAAUGGUUCAGAUAAUGCAAUGGUGGGUUUUGAGUGUCUCAAUGCCAUCAAAAGGCACAAAAAAGGCAAAACAUGCUACUGUUCUUUCAAGCCAGAUAUGGCAAAAGCUUAUGAUAGAGUGGAUUGGAAUUUUCUAUGGGGUAUUAUAGAAAAGUUAGGCUUCAACAGUGCAUGGAUUGGGUUGAUCGAGAAGUUUAUAUCCUUUGUCAAGUACUCUAUCAAUAUCAAUAGUGCUAUUAUAGGCAAGAUCACUCCUACUCGUGGCCUUCGACAAGGAGAUCCAUUGUCCUCGUUUCUUUUUCUCUUAUGUGUAGAAGACUUAUCAUCAUUGCUGAAGCAUGCCCUCAGUACUGAUCAAGUCAGGGGGUUAAAGUGUGGCCUUGGAGGACCCAUGGUAUCUCAUUUAUUCUUCGCUGAUGAUAUUUUCUUUUUUCUGGAGGCAACUAUGGAAAAUUGCACCCACUUCAAAGAGAUACUUGUGCAUUAUGAGAAUCCCUCAGGAUACCUGGUAAAUUUAAAUAAGUUUGUUGUUUGUUUCUUGCCCCAGAUGAGCCCCCAAAUGUGUGAUGUAUUAGCUUUAAAGCUUGGAGUCCCUCUAGUUCCUUGCCAUGAAAAGUAUCUGGGUCUCCCUUGUUUUGCUGGUAAGAGUGAAAACUGUCUCUUUCAACCUAUAAGAGAUGGAGUGUGGAAUAAACUUUUUAGUUGGAAGUCAAAGUUCUUCUCAGCUGGAGGCAGAGAGGUCUUAUUGAAAUCAAUUAUCCAGGCAAUUCCAACUAUAUGCUAUGAACUUAUUCACACUAUCUGCUUCCUUACUGCAUGA